UCUACUGUUAUUCUAUUCACAGAGCCUGCUAACAGAAUCUGAUAAAAGACUGACAGCAGAUAGCGCGCAGGUACUAUCGUUUCAUAUGUUAUCCUGCUUAAAAUCAAUAUCUAUCAGGACAUAUUUUAUUAAAAUUAAUAAUAUUAAUAAACAAUGGAUAACGACAUCCAAGGAAAUAAAAAAUAUGCAGUUGUCAAAUUCUUGUCGGAUUCAACAUUUUCGGAAAUUCCGAUUGCAUGGCUUGUAGAAGAUGAUGAUGAUAAUCAAUUAUGUUAGUGGCCACCUCGAACUUAUAAUAACGCUACAUUGAUUGCUAACAGUCCAAAUUUUCAGACAUGGUCUCAAUACGAAGUAGACAUAGUGAAAUAUUGUUCGUCUUUAGAAUCAGCCAGAAAAAGCGCAGCAGACGCUUACUACCAAACAACAGAUGAUGAAUUAUUAGGACGAGGCAAAAGGAAACAUAUUUCGUGUUCUCGAUUCAGCAACGAUGAGGAAGAAUGCGAUAAUUCUCAGUUUCGGAGAUUUCAAAAGAGACAAUCCAGGUCUAAUAUUGUUCUAUCUGAUAUACCACCAUGCCCAGAUAAUUUAAAUAUAAAUAAUAUGGAAACUCAAAAAAAGGAUAGAAGUACACAGAGAAAAGUAACUAUUUUACAGCAUGAAAAAGAAAAUAAUUCCAUUUUGGCAACACAGGGACAGAAAGAAUAUUUUUCGUUGCAUGAUGUUCCAAUAGUAUUGGAAGGAUGCAAUAUAGUGCCCGAGAAUAAAGAAGAUUUUAACAUAAAAGAAGGUAUGAAACAAAUAUUGCGUAUGCAAGCUGCAUCGCAAUUAACUUUGCAGGAUAUCAAACAACGUAUACUCAAGCUUGAAAAUGCAUUAAAAAACCGUUCAUUAAAUCUUCCUGGUCACAACGAUGAGCUUAUUACUGAAUUUUUGCCUCUUACGAAUAAAGAGCGAAUAAAGGAAUUUGAAUCGAUGCUGAAAAGUACGGAAGAAGCAGUUACGUAAUUUAAAGAAUUUCUUUCGAAAAGUGGGGGAAACAAUCCAAAGGAUAAUAUAAAUUGUACUAUGAAGAAAACUUUUACAAAUGAGUGCGCGAUAUGUUGCUCAUGGAAAGGAGUUAGAAAUAAUUUCCGAGUUGUUGACUUGAAUAUUAUGAAAAUCAUAAGAGAAGAGAUAACGUCACAUCACGUAACUCUCACAGAAGCAGAAUUUGACAAUGUUGCUGCAAAAUGGUUCCGCUUUGCCAAACAAAGAAAAGAAAGAGACGACAAGGCAAAGCAGAACAUCAGUGAGUAGCAUAUAAAUAUUAGAAUUAAUAUUGCACGUGCGACGGAAGAUAAUAUAAGUUUACAACAU